AUGGGGUCAAAGGAGAAACUAGAGUUACAAAGCAAAUUGUUCUACGCAAGAUGCAUAGUGUAUGAUAUACUAUCACUGUACACUGGGCGGCAUGGAAAGCCUGCUAGGAAUCUUAGAACAGGACCACAUUCUACGUUAAUUGGUUGUCACUUGUCGCAUGAUGUCGGCCUUUGCUUAAGAAUUGGUUUCAAUACGUGGUUCAUGUUAGUCCUUCAUUUUCCAUUCGUCUUCUCCAAAAAAGAGGAACUUCGCAUCACAACAUUUGAAAAGUCAUGCUAG